AAUCAAAUAAUGGAGUCUACCUCUCUUGCAAAGAUUAACAUUCUUUCCAAGGAUAUCAUAAGAUCCUUCCCCAUUUCAAAUCAUGAUAAUAACAAUAAUAAUAAUAAUAAUAAUGUUGAUCACCCAAAAAAUUACAAAUUAUCUUUCUUUGAUCAAAUUGCUCUCCAAAUGCAUGUCCCUUGUGUUCUUUUCUAUCCACUCAAAUAUUCCACCUCCCCUAAAAUUUCCAUUAUACAUGAACAACUUCAACAAUCAUUGUCCAAGCUUUUAAGUCAUGUUUAUCCAGCAUCAGGUAGAUUUUCAUCUGAUGCUCAAUCUAUCAAUUGUCAUGAUGAAGGUGUUUUGUAUAUAAAGGCAAAAGUUGAUUCUCAAUUUUGUGAUUUCCUCAAGGAUGCACAAAAAGAUAUCGACCUAGCAUUGAAUUUUUGCCCUAAAAUCGAUCGUAGUGUUUCUAAUUUGUCUAUCACUCCACUAGUUGUAGUGCAAGUGACGGAGUUUGCUUGUGGUAGGGGGCUAGCUUUAUCUCUGAGCACUGAACACGCGGUUAUUGAUGGAUUCAGAGCAGUAAAAUUUGUUUACGAGUGGUCUAAAGUGAGUAAAAUGGGAAUUAAUAAGAUCAGUUGCUUCACUUUUGAUGAUUUUGGUACCAUUUUCCCACCAAGUAGUGAUAAUCAUUUGUUAAAAAGAGUCGAGUCUCCUAGAGAUGAUCAUGUUAAAAUGGUCGCGAGGAGGUUUGUCAUAAAUCAAUCUGUGAUAUCAAAAUUUAAGAAAAAUGUUGGAUUGGUUUAUUUCAGACCAUCACGAGUUGAGUUGGUGAUUGCUUUUCUAUGGAGUGCUCUAAUCAAUAUUUUUCAACGUAAAAAUAAUGGACGUAUGAGACCUUGUUUAUUGAGCGUCCCUGUGAACUUACGUGGUAAAAUUGACUUUCCAAGAUACGAAAAUUCCUUUGGGAAUUUUGCUAUUGAAGUCCCGAUCAAAUUCAUACCGGGAGAAACAAAAAUGGAGGUAAAAGACAUUUUACUAUUGAUCAAGGACGUUAUACAAAAAACCAACGUUUCAUUUGCGAAAUCAAGUGAUGACAUAUAUACCCUAGCAUCCAAGUUUCAUAAAGAAAUACAAGAAUGGGAAGAAAAUGAACAAGUGGAUGUGUGCAUGGCAUCAAGUUUAUGUAGGUUCCCUAUUAAUGAAGCUGAUUUUGGUUGGGGUAAACCUUGUUUGCUAAGUUUGGGACUGAGACGUAGUGAUAUGUUUUGGUUGUAUGAUACACAAUGUGGGAGUGGAAUUAUUGUUCAAGCAGAUCUGAAGAAAGAGUACAUGGACAUGUUUGGAUGUGACAAAGAUGUAUUGUCUUUCAUUUGUGAUGAGUAGAGUACAUCUUAAAUAAAGCUUUAAUGCUAAUAUUUGAUGUUCAAUAAUGUUGUACCUUCAUUGCUUGGUGUGUUUUGUUGAAUUAAUAUAAAUGACAUGUAUGGAAUAAGAAAGUGAAUCAAAUUUUUCACCUUGAAAACA